UGAUUUAGGGCUAAAAAAAAAUCUAAUUUUUUUAAUCCAAGGCUAGGGUUCCACGGGAGUUUAAGACGACUUAAUAUCUAAAGCCAACCAAUGGCAACAAGACAGCUAAUUGAAAACAACCGCGGUUCUCUCCACAAACCUCGGAAGAUCAACCGCCUCUAGUCAGUCUCAAACCGCCGCCUCAAUUAACACGUAGGUUAAUCUACCAUGUAAUGAGCGCACUUUAGCACCGCCUGCCCACCUUCUCUUCUUUAAACUACGCCGCUGUGUUUCUUUGCUAAAUUACGCCUUUCUCUUUUCUUUUAUGCAGAGGAAAAUGAAAAAAAAAACAAAAGGAAAAAAAAAAGAAAAAAAGACAGAGAGAGUGUGAAUUGAAGGAGUGGUACUUUGAGAAGUUGCAGGUUUUUGGAGUAUCGUGUCGGAGUGUGUCUGAUUCUGAUUCAUGAAGAAUUGUUGUUACUAUUUGUCAAAUAGUUAUAAUUUUUCGUGAUAUUUUUAAUUAUUUUCUUACCUUCAUGAGAGUAUGGGAGGGGGGGGAUUCAGGGGAGGCUGAAAAUUCUUUUUUUAGUAUAUAAAUAGAGUUGUGCAUUUGUUUUCCUUUUAUCAUCAUUCAUACUAUUGCAAAAAAAGAGGAACUUUGGUUAUCCCAGAUCUCAAAUUUCUCAAGAAAAGCUCUAAUGGGUAGGCCCUUGUGCUUCUAUCUCUGUUUUUGAGAGUGGGUUUUGUUAGUUAUGUUUUUUCUUCUUGAAAAUUUUCGAAGCUUUUAGGGCUGGAAUCUUAUGCUAUGGCGUUUGUGCUUGACUUUCUAGUACUGGGUUUUCUUCUUUUCAAGUUUUUCAAUGGCUUGAAACCAACUGUUUUUUUUUUUUUUUCUUGGGGGUUGAUGGGGCUUUCGGCUAUGACUUUUUCAAGUCUUGAUUGGCUUUUUUUUGGCUUGGUUUAGUCAAAAUUCUGUCUCUUCUUUUUCUUAAUUGCCUUACUUUUCUUUUCUCUCCUGGUGAGAGUUUUUAAGUUUUACCCCCACCUUCCUAAUCUCCUUUCUUUCUCUUUCAUAUGCCCUCUUUUUCUUCAUGUGUUUUCAAGAGGUGCUUUUCUAGGCCUUACCCCCCAAAAAUCAAGUCCUUUUAAGGUUUUGCAAACGUUCCUUUCAAUUAUUUCUGAUUGGAUGCUCUUAUUUUGAAGUAAUAUCCUUAGUUUAUGUCAUUGGCUGAUUUCUUUUUUCUCUUUUUAGAGAUGAACAUGAGCUUUUCACAUGACAUGGAUGAUGAAUAUGAGAAAUUAAUUAGAAGAAUGAAUCCACCCAGGGUUGUGAUUGAUAAUGAAUCCUGCAAGAAUGCAACAGUGAUUCGCGUUGACAGUGCAAACAAACAUGGGAUCCUUCUUGAGGUUGUACAAAUCCUUACUGAUCUUAACCUUAUCAUCGUUAAAGCCUACAUAUCUUCUGAUGGCAAUUGGUUCAUGGAUGUUUUUAAUGUUACUGAUCAAGAUGGAAACAAAAUCAUAGAUGAAGGGAUUCUAGAUUAUAUUACGAAGUCUCUAGGGCCAGAAUCUUGCUUCACAUCUUUAAUGAGAUCCGUUGGGGUGAAGCAAUCAAUGGACCAUACCGCAAUUGAGUUAAUAGGAAGUGACAGACCAGGAUUGCUAUCUGAAGUGAGUGCUGUCCUUAGGCAUCUUAAAUGCAAUAUAGUGAAUGCUGAAUUGUGGACACAUAAUACACGUGCUGCGGCUGUGAUGCAAGUGACUGAUGAGGAAACAGGAACCGCAAUAAGUGACCCCGAAAGGCUAUCUAGGAUAAAGACACUUCUUUGCAAUGUACUUAAGGGAAGCAACAAAUCCAGUUUAGCCAAAACUGCAGUCUCUCAUUCAGUCACACAUACUGAGAGAAGGCUUCACCAGAUGAUGUUUGCUGAUAGGGAUUAUGAGCGAACCGGUGAUGAUGUCUUGGAUGACAGGCAAAGGCCGAAUGUGAAUGUUGUUAAUUGGUAUGAUAAGGACUAUUCUGUGGUUACGAUUAGGUGCAAAGAUAGACCAAAACUUCUCUUCGAUACGGUUUGCACCUUGACAGAUAUGGACUAUGUAGUGUUUCAUGCUAACAUUGGUACUGAGGGGCCAGAGUCUUAUCAGGAAUAUUAUAUUCGACAUAUAGAUGGAUCCCCUGUGAAAUCAGAGGCAGAGAGACAAAGAGUAACUCAAUGUCUUGAAGCAGCAAUUGAGAGAAGGGUGUCUGAGGGUUUAAAGUUAGAACUUUGCACAACAGACAGAGUUGGAUUGCUAUCUGAUUUUACUCGAAUCUUCCGGGAGAAUAGCCUCACUGUCACACGAGCAGAAGUGACAACAAAAGCAGGCAAAGCUGUUAACACAUUCUAUGUUCGUGAUGCAUCAGGGUAUCCUGUUCAUGCUAAGACCAUAGAUUCUAUCCGGCAAGCAAUUGGGCAGACUAUACUAAAAGUUAAAGGCAGCCUUGAAGACUUAAAAUCAGUUUCUCAGGAAUCUCCAACUAGAUUCCUUUUUGGUGGUCUCUUCAAGUCAAGAUCUUUUGUCAAUUUCAGCUUGGUUAGGUAUCAUUCUUAAGGAAUAUAUUUAGCUCCCUCCACAUGUAAAUCAAAACCCACUUAGCCUAGAUCCUACCAUAGAUCUUGUUUUUAGCUGUUGCAGGAUUGAAAUCGAGGAAUCAUUUAUCAGUUCUGGCAAAGGAAACCCAUAGAUAGAAACCGAAGGGCCUGUAAAUUUCCCAGCUCACCCCCUUUAGCCCUUUUCUUUAACCGUGUAUCCAAUCUAAAGUCGGUUCCACAAAAGCAGAAAAUGAAACGAGUUCUUAGUUUUGUACAAAAGGAAUCUCUUCAUUGGGUUAUCUUGUUUAUCUUUAUUUUUAUUCUGUAUUAAUGACAAGUUGAGGUUACAUGUGUUGACUAUAAUUUUGGACCCAUGUCAUAGAUUAAAUCUAUAGCUUACUUGCCAUAAAGAUUAUCAAACCAAUUAAAUUAGAACUGUUUGAAGAA